AUGCAUUUCCACGUACAUUUCAGAGGAAGAGGAUGCCAGCAUGCCACCACUCGCCCACGACCACCGGUGGCGGGCCCCACAUGUCAUCCCCACAUCCGGCCGCGGCCCCGGCUUGCGGGGAUCACCACACGCUCCCGGGAGCUCUGCGCUUGGCGCGCCACGUACGCGCAUGCAUGGAAGCGCGCCAACACACAAAAGAAAAAAACUAAACCCGCGCGCGUUUUACGUGCUCAGAUAAACACGUACCAGCUGCACGCGUGCAUUCGAUCCAUGGCGGGGGCUGGCCGGAGCUUGCGCGGCGCCGGGAAGCGCGGCGCCGCGUCGUCCUCCUCCUCCUCGUCGUCUUCCUCGGCGUCGGCGUCCGCGUGCGUCUACUACGCCACCACGGGCGUGCUCGUCACGCUCUGCGUCGCCGGCGCCUACUUCCUCACCUCGGCCUCGUCGGCGUCGCUGGCGGGGUCGGACGGCGACGGCCCCGUCACGACGGCCUACCGGCACACCACGCGCUCGUCGUUCACGUACGAGGUCACCAGGGAGAAGACGGCCGCGCCGGCGCCGCCACGCGAGGUUGAGCGGCUUGACGAACCGAGGGGGCAGGGGGGAGCUGCUGCUGAGGAGGAGGAAGAGCGCGGCGCUGACGCUGACGCCGCCGCCGCCUUGGAUGACGACCCGCGCGGCAAGCCCGAUCUCGAUGACCAUGGCGCCGACGAAGAGGAGACCAAGGGCGCCGCGGCGGCCAUGGACGCCCAGCGCGCCGAGGAAGAUGACAACGUGUCGUCCGGCGACGCCAUUGCCGGGGAGGAUGAGGCGGCAAAGGACACAUCGGCGUCGACGUCCGCGCUCGCCGGAGAGGAGGAGAAAGAGGAAGAAGCCAUGCGAGAAGAGAGCCAAGAACACGAGCACGAGCCUCAUCUGCAGAUGCCGCAAGGGGAGGAGUCUCGCGUUGCCACCGUUGAGGAGAAGAGCUUGGACGGCGGAAUCGAGGAGGAGAGCAUCGCCGGGCAGCGGCAGAGCGAGGAGGAGCAGAUCGACCACGGCGACGGCGCCGGGAGCUUGCGCCGGGAAGCUCAGGAAGAAGUGCACGUCGGCGAAGGAUACGAGAUGGCUGAUCACCUGCCGGAGUCGGAGCUGCACAACGAAGGCGAGGAAAUGCUCGAGCAGCAGCAGCAGCAACCGGAGGAGGAGCGUGCCAGCGAAGCAGAGGCGAACACAUCGGAGUCCGACGCCGGCGGCGAGGGCGACACGGAGGACAAGCCAACCAUGUCAGACUCGGAGCACAAGGAGGAAGUGAUCGACUCACUCCCCGGCGAAGAAGACCGCGCCGAGGUGUCGGCCACCGGCGGCGAUGUCGACCAGAGCGCGUGGGCGACGCAGGCCGAUCACUCCCACCAAGAGAAAGACCGUCUCGAGGAGGCGGCCGGCACCGACGACAACAGCGCCGACGCCGGCGGCGGUGGCGGCGAGGAGCCGGAGUGGCGGCUGUGCAACGUGAAGGCCGGCCCGGACUACAUCCCGUGCCUGGAAAACGAGAAGGCCAUCAAGAAGCUGCGGCCGGAGAACUACCGGCGGUACGAGCACCGCGAGCGGCACUGCCCCGACGAGGGCCCGACGUGCCUCGUCCCCCUCCCCGCCGGCUAUCGCCGCCCCAUCGAGUGGCCCAAGUGCCGGGACAGGAUUUGGUACAACAAUGUGCCGCACACGAAGCUGGUGGAGGUGAAGGGGCACCAGAACUGGGUGAAGGUGAGCGGGCAGUACCUGACCUUCCCCGGCGGUGGGACGCAGUUCAUCCAUGGCGCGCUGCACUACAUCGACUUCCUCCAGCAGUCGGCGCGGGGGAUCGCGUGGGGGAAGCGGACGCGGGUGGUGCUCGACGUCGGCUGCGGCGUGGCCAGCUUCGGCGGCUACCUGUUCGACCGCGACGUGCUGGCCAUGUCCUUCGCGCCCAAGGACGAGCACGAGGCGCAGGUGCAGAUGGCGCUGGAGCGCGGCAUCCCGGCCAUCUCCGCCGUCAUGGGCUCCAAGCGCCUCCCCUUCCCCAGCAAGGUGUUCGACCUCGUCCACUGCGCGCGCUGCCGCGUCCCCUGGCACGCCGACGGCGGCGCCCUCCUGCUCGAGCUCAACCGCGUCCUCCGCCCCGGCGGCUUCUUCGUCUGGUCGGCGACGCCGGUGUACCAGAAGCUCACCGAGGACGUUCAGAUCUGGAAGGCCAUGACGGCGCUCACCAAGUCCAUGUGCUGGGAGCUCGUCACCAUCAAGAAGGACCGGCUCAAUGGCAUCGGCGCCGCCUUCUACCGCAAGCCCACGUCGAACGAGUGCUACGAGGCGCGGCGGCGGCAGCAGCCUCCGAUGUGCAGCGACGACGACGAGGCCAACGCGGCGUGGUACAUCCGCAUCAACGCGUGCAUGCACCGCGUCCCGACCGGCCCGUCAGAGCGCGGCACGACAUGGCCGGCGGAGUGGCCGCGCCGGGCGAGCACGCCGCCGUACUGGCUCAACUCGUCGCAGGCCGGCGCGUACGGCAAGCCGGCGCCGGAGGACUUCGCCGUGGACUCCGAGCACUGGCGGCGCGUCGUCGACAAGUCUUACCUCAACGGCCUCGGCAUCGACUGGUCGAGGGUGAGGAACGUCAUGGACAUGAGAGCCACCUACGGAGGGUUCGCGGCGGCCAUGAAGGAGCAGAAGAUCUGGGUGAUGAACGUCGUCAAUGUUGACGCGGCGGACACGCUGCCGAUCAUCUUCGAGCGCGGGCUGAUCGGCAUCUACCAUGACUGGUGCGAGUCCUUCAGCACGUACCCGAGGACCUACGACCUCCUCCACGCCGACCACCUCUUCUCCAAGAUCAAGGAGAGGUGCGCCGUGCUGCCGGUGGUGGCGGAGGUGGACAGGAUCGUGAGGCCGGGAGGGAGCAUCAUCGUGCGCGACGAGUCCGGCGCCGUCGGCAAGGUGGAGAAGUUGCUGAGGUCGCUUCACUGGGACGUCCGGCUCACCUUCUCCAACAACGAUCAAGGUGUGCUGUACGCCGAGAAGACGGAUUGGCGGCCGGAGAUGCUCGCCGACCCGUCGUAAUAAUCUUCUUCCGGCGGCGUGGCCAUUUCCGGCUGGCAAAAGCAGCAAUCCCCAACACAAGUUUAGAUAGAGAUGCUCUCUUCUUCUUUGGUUUCUUUCUUUGGUUGGUAGUAAUUGACAUAGUUCUGCAGUAGUUAUCCUACAACAAAUAAUGCAGCCAUCAGUAAAAGCAAUGGUAGCAUAUGGAUUUCGUCAGUGCUAGUAGUACCUGAGCAGUGGACUAACACAGGAAGUACAGAAUUGAGAUGACCUUGCAAGUUGCAGCAGCCGUAGUAGUUCUGCUGAUAGUUUCGUCAGUUGUCACAGAAUCAAGAUCUUAAUUUGUACUAUAUCUCAAACAAUUCCACAUUAGAAUUUAUACUCCUACAUGACAUGAUCAAUAGACCUGGUGUAGCAAUGCUAUGCUUGUUAUAGUAGCCAAUUAGCCAUAGACAAAGGAAAGUUUCAAGAAAACAAAAAACGAGACCACAGAA